CCCACUGUAGGCACGUCACAGUCGUUUGUGAAAGUCGCGCCGCCAAGUCUCUCAUGAAUGAAAGUUUUUUGUUGUUAUUCACAUUUGUAAUUGACCCCUCCUCCGUUCAUGUCACGGUUAACAGACAUACUUUUGUCAGUUGAUCAUUUCUCAUCGCCAAUACAAGUUCAAAAUAACGUGAAAAUUUUUGUGUAUACGAACCAACUGUUCGCGUAAACACUAUCCUGAUCCUGAUCGGUUUUGCCGAUACUCCAUGUGAGAAUUAAUUGCUCGCAGUUGUGGAGUUGUACCAGUAUACGGAGCACACAUGUAGCUAUACCAUUUGCAACCGGUUUCACGGAAUAUAGUGCUGUGCGUUUUGUGGACAAUCGAGACAAUUUAUUUGUGUUUAUAAAACUGCAAUCGCUUGUGCGUUGUACACAAUUCGCCGAUCAAAACGACAUUUCUCACGAAUAAUCAUGUGUUGAACGAUAACUGGUGCGGGGGCGGUGCCUAUGUUAUGACUAUCGACAGUGCUUCUUGCGCAAAUCAGAAAUAGCAAAAGCAAACGGGUUCUGCAGCCCGACCGAGUGUACAUUAAGUAUGUACCUAAGUAUGCAAAGUUGCAUCUCAUUGAUUCCCGCUACUCCCUAACCUCUCGUAUGUCCUUACCUGCCUUAUUAAUGGGUUCACGUAAUUGUACACACCUAUCGCGUUACACUCGUUUAUCCAGAUAUAGUUCGAACAACACGCGCGAGGACGGAGGGAGGAUGCGCAAGGAGUGACAGCAGAUGAAUUUUAAUCCUUAAGCUUGAGCCGAGGAGUCUGCAGGUAUGUCAUUAAAUAUGGAAUUCAGAGGCUGCGGCAAGGACAAGGGCACCGGGCCGCCGCGCGUCAAGCUGAGGCGGCGUGGAGAGUUCAGCAAGAGGCUCAAACGAAGGUUGUCGCUGGUGGCCAAGGUGCCGGCCGCUCUGCUCCAGCGGGCCAACCCACCGGAGCCACGGGCCCUUGAAAUAACGACGAUAGCUCCUGACAAGACCCAACUCACGUUAGCCGCAAUGUCACCGGGGCCGGUGUCCUCCGUGGUAGGGCCGGUGCUCUUGAAGUACCGGGUCUGCCGGCCGAGGUUGCUACUAGCCGGCUCGAGGGCCGAGGUCGACACAGCCGCGGACGUGGCGCUCCUCCAAGGCGAGGUUCUGCUCAUCGAAGACGCGGCCCGCCAGUACAGUCCCGUGGGAGAUACGGACAGGCGGUACAGAGCUACGGAAAAGCUACUGAACGCGGAGGAGGAGUACCGGGAGUGCUUGUGCAGCGCAAAGGAGUUGUACGCUGGACCACUGGCCCGAAGUUACCCCGAGUUCCGCGACGUCAUCUUUCAGCCCUUGACGGAUCUCGUUAGAAUCAGCACGGAACUGUGCCAUAGGAUAAAAAACACACUGGACAAUUGGAGCGGUGAAACCUUCAAACCCGGCGAGCUGUUCCCGGGUUGUUUCUGGAGUGCGUACUGGUCCUUCCUGGAACGGUACGUCGAGGCCCGGCGAACGCUCGACGAGCUCCGCGAAAACAACGACCCCAUGCUGCACUUUUUCCGAGUCAGACAGGCUGCCGCCAGGCACUCGCCCUCCUCUCUGCUUCUUCUGCCGGUUCAGAGGCUUGCAGAGUACGAGAGGUACAUGGGACACGACGCGCGAAACCUGGCCUCGGACAAUGGCAACGAGAUCGGUAGUGGCGCGGUCCUCCAGCGGGGCCAGCUCGAGGGCGACCUGCACCGCAUCCAGGAGCUCUUUCCCAACGACAAUCUCCGCCUGCACGAGCAGGACGUUCUGACCACGAAGCCCAAGAACGUGGUCCGCAAGCGAAACGCGCCGAGCUCCGGGAGAUUGAACCGGGCCAAUUCGCAAAAGUGCCUGAACAACCAGGCAGCGCCAAACAGCGCCCCGACGACCGGACCCAAGGCACCAACGAGGGUCUUUUUGCUCGAAACUUCCGUUCAGCUGACAACGGGGAUGCAGUCGCAGGAGCGGCACCUGUUUCUCUUCUCCGACCUGUUGCUGAUAGCAAAGGCGCGCAGCGGCGGUACCUUCAAGCUCAAGCAGUCCGUGAGGAUGAGCGAGCUCUGGCUCACGGCCAACCACAUCGAGGACGUCGCCGAGACCAACAAGUCCCAGGAAACGAGCUUCGUCCUCGGUUGGCCGACUACGAACGUCGUCGCCACUUUUAUGACCGCAGCGGCGCGGGAUCUGUGGUGGGGCAGGCUCGCCGAGCUCGUGCGGGAGGAGAGCCUCAAGGAACCGCCCGAGACGAACAUUCAGGUCGUGUAUCACGACGUCGAGACCAACGCGGAAUACUUCAAGAAAAUAUCGGCGAGCUCCGAGAUGACGGCGAGCGCGUGCGUAAGCCUGACGACGAGGUUGCUCGACCUGCACCAGAGCCAGUCUUUCCAACUCUGGGCGAGGACGUCUUCGGAGGAGGCGCCUUACCCGCUGAUCGGCCACGAGAGGCCCUUCGCCAUAAAGCUCUCGAAUCUGCGACACAGGCUCUCCCUCGAGGAAGGCUUCGACCUCGAGCACUGCAACAAGAGCGACCACGACACCUGCCACUUCAUCCUCAGGCCGAUCCUCAAGUCACCGGCCAAGAAGCACAAAUCCCGGAUAAAGGGGCUCCUGCGCAGGUCCCUUUCUCUGAGUCCCCAUGUUUUUGGCGUAAAUCUGGCACGGCUCGACGAGAACGGCCUGCCAAAGCCGGUCCUCGUCAUGCUGCAGCAGCUCUUUGCCAAGGGACCCUUCACCCAAGGCAUAUUCCGCAAGUCCGCCAACAUGAGGAUCGUCCGGGAGCUCAGAGACCAGAUCGAGUCUUCGGGUGACACCAGUUGCCUCGAGGACGUGUCCAUAAUCGCAGUGGCCGCCCUACUCAAGGAUUUUCUGAGAUCCCUGCCCGACCCCCUUCUCACUUCCCACCUCUUUUCCCUGUGGAUGGCUAGUCUCGAGUCUCCGGACCCCAUCAAGACGAUCAAAAGCAUUCUGGACCGUCUACCGAGAGCAAAUUACACGCUGCUGUCGCACCUGGUCUGCGUGCUGCACCACAUAGCCCGGCGCUCGAAGCACAACCUCAUGUGCGCGAGUAAUUUGGGCGUGUGCUGUGGGCCGAGUCUGCUUUGGUCCCAGAGUCCCUCGGUCAACCAGAGCCGGGCGAUUCCUGCCCUAACCGAGAUGCUCAUCCGGCAUUGCGAGGUCCUGUUCGGCGAAGGGGUCGUCCUGCUUUUCGGCGAGGAGCGAAGCGACAGCGGAGCCGAGGACAGCACCGACAGCCUACACUCAGGUGGGAUUUCCCUGGACAGCCUCGAUUUGACGGAACCUCCGCGCAAGGAUUAUAUGUCCCUGUCGAGGGAUUCCGGACUGACGCUGUCGGACUGCCAGCUCUUUAUCCCCGAAUCGCCGGUGGGCUCCGAGGACUCGGCUGUCAACGCCUCGACGUCGAGCUCGGACAAGACUCCUGCCAAAGACAACAAGCCCAACGGUACUGGUGGCAGCGGCAAGGCAGCUUACGCGAUGCUCAGCUAUGGCCACCCGUGGGAGGAGAGAUACGCUUCGUACAGCAGUCACCUCCACGCUGGUGUUGAACACAGCUACCCAAACUCGAACUUUCAGAGGCAGGAUUGGCUGAGGGCGCACCUCAAGCGCACCCCGAGGACGAAGCUCGACGAACACGAGCACCAGCAGCAUCACAAUCAACAUCACCAUCACCAAAACCAUUAUUCCCCUCAACAACAACAACAACAGCAGCAGCAGCAGCAGCAGCUCAAGGAUCGGCAUAGCGAGAAGGACGUGUACGCGCGCGAGUUUCAUCGACAGGAGGCCGUAAAAGAAAACGUCGAGAACCCCAAGGAGGAGAUGCUGUACCGUUGGAGGAUCAUCAAAGUCUCGGACAUUGUGACGGAUUACAAGAGGUUGCCACAGCAGGACGUCAGGCUGCACGAGACCGAGCAGAGUUCCACCGAGUCGAGUUCGCCCAUGUCGAAUGGCGAGAGAUACAACUUCAAAAAGGUCAAGUCCGAGCUGUGUGUCAACGUCGAAUCGCCGAUCUCUCAGACCGGUAGCUACCACUCAUCGUCCUCCGACAGUCACGAGGUAUACAAACAAACCUGCGAGCUCUACAUAAACAAGGACGAGAGAUCCGAGCGUUACGAUUUUGACAAGAGUAACAUCAUCAGCAGUAACAACAAUACUAGUAGUGGUAGCAUUCACGGUAACCGCGACGCGAUCAACGGUAUUUACGGCUCCCGAGGAGACAAGUGCGAGUUGUACCAGUUCAAGCAAGCGGAGGCGGUCGAUGUUUACGACGAGGAUGACGAGGAAGAAGAAAGGGUUGGAGAAAGAGAGGAUGAUGGUGAAAAUGAUGACGAAGACGACGAGGAGGAUGACCAGCACAAGCAAACGUGGCCGGACACGCCGCCACCCCUGCCACCGCGACUCCGGCACUUAAAGCCCGUUCACAUUAAUUUUGAGGAUAGGCGCAAACUGGCCGCGAGGUCGAGAUUGCUGCCAUCUCCACCACCUUAUCGUCCUCCACCGCAACCUCGGGCGCCCAUUGCGACUAGGCACUUGAGAUCUGUCGUCGACGACGAAAGUUAUGUCUGAUUUUGGCUGCACCCAAGGAUAGUAUCAGGACUGUUUUAUUUUUUCUUCUGCUCUUAUCCAAGAGACUAAGUGGUUAUAAAUCGAGUUGGGACAAAGGAAGGGAAAAAAGAAAAAAAUAGUCACGAGUGCAAGAAUAAUUAAGAUAAAAAGUGUACUUUCAGCCAAUAAGCGGGCUGUUGAAUAUACUUAUCAAUAAGUGCCUAGUCGAACGAACGAACUCUCAGGCCAAGGGAGGCAUUAAGGAACCAUAAAAGCUUGUCAAUUUCUUUUUAUGGACUUACUUUCUUUUUCUACCUUCUUUAUUGACCGAGGGAUGUCGUCAGACAUUUUUGAUUAAGCUUUAUCGAGUGACGAAUGUGUUAAAGUGAACAAAUCCAUAGCUUUUCCAUACGAUGUUAAUUUUAAGUUUAGGUGAGUGUUUAUAUGUAUAAACUGUACGAUUGAGCCACAUGUACUGAUAAAAAAAAAAUUUGGUUUUUCCUUUUUCCGUUAUAUUUUAAAUAUCAAGAAAAACUUGAUAUGAUGCUUGAACGUUUUUGUUACACACAGUGAUUAAGGGUGCUUCCAUAGAUUUACAAAAAAACCAAAUUUCAUGUGAACCAUACGUAUGCAUGCAUACAUGUACAAGUAUGUGUAUUCGGAAAAAAAUAAUCAUCUCACGCCGACUGAACUGAUGAAAAAUUACAAAGUUUAUCUUUUACGUGAAGAUAUUUUUGUACAAAAUAACUGUCUUGUUAUUUAAGAUAUAGGAAGUGAAGCGUUUGAAUGAAAUAAAUAUAAUUGUAUUAGCAUUGAAGGAUUAAUUUAAAAAGUUAAAAAAUAAGUAACAGCAAAUGCAUCGACAAUAUUGCAUUUUUAUCCAAAAGAUCAUGAUUAUUUCGAUUUUGAGCAAAUCUUGACAUAUUUGACUAUUUUUAAGUUUAUUUGGCGUAAGCUAGAGUGAAAUCUUUAAAUGUGAAUUAGUUUAAGUAGAUUACAUCAUAGUCAACAGAAUUUGUAAAUAACGUUUAAUUAAUUUUCAUAGUCUUUGUACAUAUUAUAUCUUCUACGUCGUUAAAGUUUGUAAACACAAAUGUUAUUCAACGCAAAUAAUAAUUACUUACUUGAUUUUAUUGUCAAAUAAAAAUAUAUUUCGUA